AUGAAUCAGCUUCUCUGUUUUACAGCUGCCCUUUGUCUAAUCUUAUUUAAUAUCUGUGUUGCUGGAUUAGUUGGAGUGAAUUAUGGUAUGCUAGGGAACAACCUUCCACUACCAAGUGAGGUCAUUGCUCUCUUGAAAUCCAGGGAAAUUACAAGAGUUCGCCUUUUUGAUCCCAAUCACGAUGCCCUUCAAGCACUUGAAGGGUCUGGAAUUGAUGUCAUCCUUGGAACACUAAAUCAGGACCUUCAAAACCUUGGAAGUGACCUAUCUUUUGCCAGAAGUUGGGUUCAAGACAAUGUAAUUCCAUAUUCAGAAGCUGUUAUGUUUCGAUGCAUUUCAGCUGGUAAUGAAGCUAUCCCUAGUGACUUUGCUGUUCAUGUGUUGCCAGCAAUGAGAAAUCUAAAAGCAGCAUUAGUAGAAGCAAAUCUAGGGGAAAUCCCAGUAAGUACAACAGUUUCAACUGCUGUUCUUGGCAAUUCAUACCCUCCAUCUCAUGGGGAAUUUUCAAACGAGGCGAGUACUAUAAUGAAACCUAUCAUAGAAUUCCUCGCAGCAACUAAGAGCCCUUUCCUUGUCAAUGUGUAUCCUUAUUUUGCAUAUAUAAAUGAUCAACAAGACAUUUCCUUGGACUAUGCAAUGUUUAAUUGCAGCGAAGUAGUUGUGAAAGAUGGACAGCUUGGAUACAUGAAUCUCUUUGAUGCUAUAAUUGAUGCAGUUUACUCAGCAUUAGAGAAAGCGGGUGGUGAUUCUAUUGUUAUUGUUGUAUCAGAGAGUGGAUGGCCUUCCAAAGAAAAUGGUGAUAUUGCAACAAUAGCGAACGCUCAGAUGUACAAUAACAAGCUAAUUGCUCAUGUGAAUGGAGCAUCUGGUACACCAAAGAGGCCUGGGAGGAGCAUAGAGACUUAUGUUUUUGCCAUUUUUAAUGAGAAUCUAAAGCCUCCUGGGACAGAACAGCAGUUUGGUUUAUUUUAUCCUAAUAUGACAGAAGUGUAUCAUGUUGAAUUUACUCAUUAG